AUGACGCUGGUGCUGAAGAAGAUCCCCCUCGACCUGCCUGGCUUGCCCCCCUCUCCCAGGCAGCAGCUCUGGGAGACCAUGGUGGGAUACAGGCUGGCCCUGACGCUCCAUCCGCAGCUCCCGGGAGCAUUUUCAGAUGCUGCAGAUCCCCCCAGCACCAGGAGCGGCGAGUGCCCAGGCAGCCCCGUGUCCCUGACCUCCAGCGCUGCUGCCGACCUGGACUCAGGGCCAGACUCGGCGCCGGACCCCAUCACCGACGAAGAGGACGAGCAGGACUUAAGGCUGCCCGGGGCGGCCGCGGAGGAGCUGCCGGGGCUGACCAGCCGUGGGGCUGGCAGCCCCCAGACGGGACGCAGACCAAAAGGAGUGGCGACCAGGCUGAGCCGCCGGCGGGUCUCGUGCCGGGACCUGGGCCGGGUGGACUGCGAUGGCUGGCUCCUGAAGAAGAAGGACCACGUGGGCUUCAUGGCCCAGAAGUGGAAGCGGUGCUGGUUUGUGCUGAAGGGCCACACGCUCUACUGGUACCACCACCCCAACGAUGAGAAGGCUGCAGGUCUCAUCAACGUGGCCACCUACGACCUGGAGAGCACGAGGGAGCAGAAGAAGAAAUACGUGUUCCAGCUCUCCCAUCAGAGGUACAAGCCCUUCGUCUUCGCCACAGAAACACUGGCUGAUUUGAGCAUGUGGGUCAGUCACCUGAUAACAGCCAAAACAAAGUACGCGCUGGCCCAUCAGUCGGUCCCGGACAGGGAGGAAGACUGCUACAGCGAGACAGAAGCCGAGGACCCCGAUGACGAGUCCCCCAGGCACGGAUGCGACUCGCCAAAGAAGAGGCUGCAAAACGCUCCGGAGAAAGUCCAGCUCUUCCCAGCCGGCGGUGAGCCCAGCAGCGCAGCCAGCAGCCCCCAGGGCAGCCCCCGGCCCUGCUCGCCCAUGGACCCCGCCGGGGAGGAUCUCGAGUGCCUGAUGCGGUGCCUGAAGCAGGGGGGGGUGUCCCUCAUUGGGCAGCAGCGGUUCCUGACGCAGGAGCAGUGCCGCAAGUCCUUCGUCCGGCGCAACAAGAACCCCCACAUCAACGAGAAGGUGCACGCGGUGCGGGCCCUGCAGAGCACGCUCAAGGCGAAGCUGGCGGAGCUGCAGGCCCUGGAGCAGCUGCUCAGCGACGCCGCGCUCACCUCGGAGAAGUUCACGCACUGGAAGGAAGAGCACCAGGAGCUGUACCAGGAGCUGCAGGAGUGGUGGGCACGGCGGCAGGGCCAGGACGGCGACGGGGGACUCGGGGCUGAGCACGGCCCCCCCGAAGAGGCGGCCAAACCCUGACACCCCGCCGGGACCUCUCUGGCACGAAUUGUUACCGAUAAAAAUCACGGUGCUGCGGGAGCAAAGCGGGCGCUCUGCCUGUGCUGGGGUGGGUGCAUGGUGGGAUUGACAACAUUUCGGAAGACUCAGCCCCCAGUGUGGACUUGCCACAGGAGAAUUGGCUUCUGCUACAUCCCCCCCCUCCCUGGGGCGAGACGUUGCAGUGACAGUCUUGCUUUUUUCAAGGACGUUUUGCCUCGGCUGCACGUUGGCAACAGGGGCCUUUUCCUGGAGGAACGUGCCCCCGCCGUGCACACCGGCGCGGUGUCGCCAGCCGUCCUGGCCAGGGUCUCUUCUGCUGUAAAUAAAACCGUA